CGAUGGGACGUGUUUCUGAGUUUCAGAGGCUACGAUACUCGCGAUAACUUUACCAGCAGCUUAUACAGAGAACUCGUACGGAACAACAUCCGGACCUUUCUCGACGACGAGGGUAUGGAGGAAGGAGACGAUCUCUCCCCAAGCCUGGAGGCGGCGAUCAAGGAUUCGGCCUCAUUCAUCGCAAUCAUUUCGGAGAACUACGCGUCGUCGUGGUGGUGUCUAGAAGAACUCGACAGAUUUUGGAAAGCAAGCGUCGGUUACUUCCGGUGUUCUACAAAGUGAAUCGUUCUGACGUCCUCAGGCAGAAGGGCCCCUUCGAACAUCACUUCCUAAAACAGGAGGUACGUCAUGGGGAAGAAAAGGUCCGGAAAUGGAGAAAAGCAAUGGAAAAAGCUGGGGGCAUGAACGGUCGUCAGUCCAAUAGCUGGUGAAGUGAGGAAGCAUGUAAAUUUUAGCUUCACACUGGCAGAAAACCAUUGCACCAUAUUGUAUUUGAUUUCCUUUCAUUUUUGUCAUUUGUAUUAACUAUGUGCUAAUGUUAAUUGACAAGAACGACGACUUACGGUUGAUUCAAGACAUAGUUAAGAAGAUAUUGCCUAAAGUGAAUAACAGUCCCCUGGGUGUGGCUAAAUACCCCGUUGGUAUCAAUUUGCGUGUAGCAGAGCUAGUGGAGCUGCUAGACAUGAAAACCAAUAAUGUCCUAGUUGUUGGAUUUCAUGGGAUCGGUGGGGUUGGCAAGACCACCCUAGCUAAGGCUGUUUACGAUCGGGUCGCUGCUCGCUUUAACUGUCGUUGCUUCAUUCCAAAUGUUGGAGACACUUUGAGAACACAUAAUGGUUUGAUUUCCCUUAAAGAGAAGCUUAACCAUGAACUUAACAAAGAGCACAGUGGAGGUGAGGUUAUUACAGGUGUCAAUUAUAUUUCUGGGAAUCAAGUUCUUAUCGUUCUUGAUGACGUUGAUGAUGUAGAGCAAAUUCAUGCUCUAGUGGGUAACAGUGAUUGGCUUUACAAUGGAAGUAGGAUCAUUAUCACCACAAGAAAUAAAAAAGUUCUAAGGGAGGACUUUGUGAACCUUGUCUUUGAGGUGAAAGAAUUAAGUUCCUCUGAAUCACUUCAACUCUUCAGUUAUCAUGCAUUUGGAAGAGGAAAACCGGCAGAAAAUUUCUUUCAUCUCUCUGAGAAAAUUGUACACUUCACAGGAGGACUGCCUUUGGCAUUAGAAGUAUUUGGUGCUUCAAUGGUCAGUAAGAAAAAGGAGAAGGAAUGGGAAGCCGCACUGGAGAAGUUGAGAAAUAUUCAACCAGCUAAUCUUCAAGAAGUGUUGAAGAUAAGUUAUGAUGAACUAGACGAAGAGGAGAGGUGUGUAUUCCUUGACAUUGCAUGUUUCUUUGUCUCAAAAGGUAUGGAGAUAGAAAGUGCUAUUGAUAUAUUUAAGGGCUGCGGUUUCAAUGCGGAGGAGACAAUAAAAAACCUCACUGAAAAAUCUUUUAUUAAGAUUUUGGAUGACAAUACCUUGUGGAUGCACGAUCAACUUAGAGAUAUGGGACGGGCAAUAGUUCGACAAGAAGACCUUACAAAUCCUGGUAAUCGUAGUAGAUUGUGGGAUCGUGAUGAUGUAAUGGCUAUUUUGGAUUCUGACAAGGGUACAGCAGUGAUUCAGGGCAUCGUCCUUGACUUUGGAGAUAUUUCAGAAUCUAAAGAACUUGCUAAGAUCUGCAACCCAACAUAUUCCAUUACUACACGCUUAAAGGAAAUCCUUUUGAAACGACAGAAAGAUAAAGAGGCCAAGUUGUUCACUGUAACAUUUCAACCAAUGGUUAACAUGAGACUGCUUCAGAUUGAUCAUGUGAAAUUGGAGGGAGCCUUUAAACAUUUCCCUCCUGAUCUGAAAUGGCUACAAUGGAAAGGAUGUCCUUUGGAAGUUCUUCCUCCUGACUUUUGUCCUCGGAAACUUGCUGUCCUUGAUCUCUCGGAGAGCAAAAUCAGACAUGUGUGGAGCCGAAGACCAUGGAGGGGCCCGUACAAGAUGACUGAGAAGCUGCAGAUUCUGAAUCUCUAUGGUUGCUCUAACCUAACUGCUACACCUGAUUUCUCUGAGCUCCCAAAAUUGGUAAAACUGGUUCUUGAAGGUUGUAAUGAACUGAGACAGAUCCAUAAAUCGAUUGGGGAUCUUAGCGAAUUACGUCAUCUUAACCUGAGGAGAUGCGGGAAUCUGGAGGAGUUUCCAGAUGAAAUUACUGGGUUGAGGAAGCUGGAAACCCUUAUACUCUCUUAUUGCCACAAGCUGACAAAAUUACCCAAUGACUUGAAGCCUAUGAAGUCUUUAACAGAGCUUCUACUUGAUGAUACUGCUAUAGUGAAACUACCUGAUUCUAUAUUUCAUCUUGAGAAACUUGAGAGGCUUGAUCUCAAAAAUUGUUUCUCACUGAAGAAACUACCACCCGUCUCCAUCGGAAAAUUACUCUCUCUAAGAGAGCUUACUCUUAGUGGUUCUGCUGUGGAAGAAAUUCCUGAAUCCAUAGGAUUAUUGAAAAAUCUCGAAAGACUAAGUUUGGUGGGGUGCAAAUCAAUCACUGCAAUUCCUGAUUCCUUCCACAAUCUGAAAUCGUUAUCGGAACUUUUUCUUGAUGAUUGUUCAAUCGAAGAACUGCCAAAUUCCAUUGGUUUUCUUCCCCAUUUGGAGCACUUGUCAGUGAGCUGUUGCAGGUCCCUUAGCAAAUUGCCUGCUUCCAUUGGUUUAUUAGAAUCUUUGGUUGAACUUCAUCUGAAUAUGACACCAAUCACAGAACUGCCUGAUCAGAUUGGAGACUUGAACAUGCUUGAGAAGCUUCUGAUGAUUGAUUGUAAAUUGCUUACCUGUUUACCAAAUUCAAUUGGAAAUAUGUAUAAUCUAACCACUCUGAUACUACAAAAUUGCGUCAUAACAGAAUUGCCAGAUUCCAUUUGUUUAUUGGAGAAGCUCGAGGUUUUGAAAGUCAGAAAAUGUAAACUCCUCAGGCGACUUCCAGAUUCAAUUGGAAAACUAAACAAUCUGUGCCGGCUCCAAAUGGAGGAAACUGCUGUAGCAGUACUCCCUGAAGAUUUUGGAAAUCUUUCAAACUUAAGGAUGUUGAAAAUGGCAAAAAGGUCACAUUCAGAACAGCCCCAAAAUGUCGAAGAAUGUACAGCACUAACAAGAAAAGGCCUCCAUGAGUCCAUGGUUCUUCCAGCUUCUUUCUCGAAUCUCUCAUUACUAUAUGAGCUCGAUGCUAGUUACUGCAAAAUAUCUGGGGCAAUUCCUGAUGACUUUGAGAAACUUUCAUCAUUACAGACUCUGCAACUAGGCCACAACAAUAUAUGCAGCCUUCCAUCGAGUCUGAGGGGGCUUUCUGUUCUCACAAAACUUUCUUUACCGUAUUGUGAAGAUCUCAAGUUUCUUCCUCCACUUCCCUCCAGCUUGAUUCAUGUGGAUGUUACAAAUUGCAUUGCACUGGAAACUAUAUCAGAUCUGUCAAACUUGGAGAAGUUGGAAGAGUUGUGCCUUGCAAAUUGCCAGAAAUUAGUGGAUAUUCCAGGGAUUGAAUGUUUGAAGUCCUUAAGAAGUUUGUACAUGAGUGGUUGCACCACAUGUCAUGCAGUCGUCAAGAGAAGAUUUUCCAAGGUUACGCUGAAGCAUAUUCACCGCUUGAGUGCUCCAGGAAGUGAAAUCCCAAACUGGUUUGUUCCAGAAGUGCCAAGCUUUUCAAGCCUCAAGAACCGCAGGAUCAAGGCUGUAGUUUUAUGUGUUGUUAUAUCUCUUGACCAACAGGUACAGAGACCAGAAUACCCUGGAAUAGUGGACAUUCAAGUAGAAAUCCUUGAUAAAAGGCUUAGGAAAAAUUACAUUUGCACGUUGCAAUUGCCUGGAGUUCCAGGGACCAAUGAAGAUCAGUUUUAUUUGUGUCGGUAUGCAGAAUGCCAUGAACUAGUUUCUUACUUCCGUGAUGGCUAUAAAAUGCUGGUGACACCAUAUUUUACAGGACUUGAACUGAAGAAGUAUGGGAUCCAUCUGGUUUUUGAAGAUGAUAAUGACUACGAUGGUGAUGAAGAAUCAUUGGAUGAAACCCGACUCUCUCUUUCGGUGAAACUGGCGAAGUUUUUCAGCUCCUUGUAAUUGGUUUAAAACCUUGAGGUCAAAUUCAUGUGAAUCAUAGAAAGACGGAGAAAUUGAAGCAGGAAAUAGUACCAUCAAACCUUGGGAAUCUUUCCUUCUGUUUCACCUUCUCCUUCUCUUCCCUUGUUCCUGUUGGUUAUUGCUGUUCUGUGCUUACUGUGAAUAUUUUAGGCACUGUUACUUUUUAAGUUACUAUAUUAGAUUGUGUUGUUUUGCUUCCCAAUCUUUCAGAACUAUAAUGAAGACUACCACACAUGCUUCAUGCUUUUUGUUA